AAAAUAUACCGCGACAGAUUGACAACACCACCAGCUGUGAUGGAACGGGUGAUGGUUCAGAUCCCUCCCAUCACCACCAGGGGCUGCGUAUAUCGCGCGGUGCCAAAGAGCGGCUCGCCUCGUCCUGCGCCAGACGCGCGGCGUGGACGCAAGACAAGCGAGGGUGGGUGGUGUGGGUGGAUAUGGUUGGCUUGCACUCCAUUUUCCACCACCACGGGAUUUCAUACACACGUCGCAGCCGUGCAGAGGCGCGCUCCUGUUGAGUCCUGCCGCCGUGGACGUGGACAGCAAAAGAAAGCGAAAGGGGGCGGAGGAGCGAGGAGUCGUCUUUGGAGUACACGGCGCUGAGGUCAUCGGGCUGAGCCUUGGUGGUCCAGGGAAUAAACUACUUCCAUCCGGCCUGACAACCGCAGAACCAGUCCAGGAUCUCCACAUCCAGCGUCUUCACCUCCAUGAUGGUCUGAGAAUUUCUUCAUAAACUGCCAGAAACUAUCUCAGGUUUGUCCUUUUUUGGAAGAUCGACGACUGACUUUUUGGACAAUUUGCCAUGAAAGCGCCAUCAUUUCACCAUUAAAGAUGGCCGCCGGACGAGGCUGGAUGAGCCGGCUGUGAAAAAGAAGGAAGAGAAUCCUCAAGUCAAAGUCGUUUGGAACAUCUUGUUGUAAAGACGCCGUCAUGUGAUGAAUGUCUGGAUAAAAAGUGGGUCAGCGAUGGAACCCGACAGGUCUAAGAAGAAGCCUGUGACUCUCCACCCAGCCCAUAAUUGAACAUCUUUGAUCCUGUGGAUUAAUAUUCUCCUCAAACCUGAAGAUUUAUCUUGCUUUUUUUCCCUCUCCAAAAUUCCAUGUAAAUUGGACUAUCAACCUAUCAUCCAACAUGGCUUCAGUUUGGACAUUGUGGACCCUGUUGGCAGCUUGGGGUCUUCUUGGAUGCCGGUGCCAGGCCUCAAGGACUAGUGGUCCGAGCAAAGGGGAGCAGGGGGCUUCUUCUGUGGAACGAGUCAAGAGGGGAUGGGUGUGGAACCAGUUUUUUGUGGUGGAGGAGUACACGGGCACGGAGCCGCUCUACGUCGGGAAGAUCCACACAGACUCAGACGAAGGCGAGGGAAACAUCAAGUACACCAUCUCAGGAGAAGGGGCCGGAACCAUCUUCAUCAUCGACGAGCUGACGGGAGACAUCCACGCCACCGAGAGGCUGGACCGCGAGGAGAAGGCCUUUUACACCCUGCGGGCGCAGGCCCGGGACCGCCUCAGCGACGACCCCCUGGAGCCCGAGUCGGAGUUUGUCAUCAAGGUCCAGGACAUCAACGACAGCGAGCCCAAGUUCCUGGAGGGUCCGUACAUUGGCAGCGUGGCUGAACUGUCCCCCAUAGGAACGUCCGUUCUGAAGAUUACUGCGUCAGACGCUGACGACCCGUCGUACGGCAGCAGUGCCAGAGUGGUCUACAGCGUCCCGGAAGAAGAGAAGUUCUUCACCGUGGACAGACACACUGGCAUCAUAAUGACAGCCGUGGCAGAUCUGGACCGCGAGACGCAGGAUCGCUAUGAGUUGGUCGUCAAGGCAACAGACAUGGCUGGACAAAUGGGCGGUCUCUCCGGCUCCACCACGGUGACCAUAGUGAUCACGGACGUCAAUGACAACCCGCCACGCUUCCCGCAGAAGAUGUACCAGUUCAUGGUAUCAGAAGGGGCGGCUGUGGGGACGCCGGUAGGACGCGUGAUCGCCACUGACGCCGACAUGGGAGACAACACGGACAUGAGCUACCUGAUCCAAGAAGGGGGCGAGCUCUUCAAAGUCACGACCGACGCAAUCACACAGGAAGCCGUGGUGUCCAUCAAGAAGCCGCUGGACUUCGAGAGCAAGCGCACCCACAAUGUCGUCGUGGAGGCGGUCAAUAAACACGUGGACCCCCGCUUCGUGGACCUGGGCACAUUCCGAGACCAGACCAUUGUGCGGGUUAGCGUGUCGGACGUGGACGAGCCGCCGCUCUUUCAGCCGGCGGAAGGCACGGUCAUGGAGGUGCAGGAGGACGCCAGAGUUGGAGCGCUGGUUGGCGUCGUCACCGCGAAAGAUCCGGAUGUUAAGAAUAAACGUGUCAGUUUCUCCAUCGACCGGAGCACGGACCAGGAGAGGAUCUUCCAUAUUGACCAAGAUUCCGGUGCCAUCACACUGGGCAGGAUUUUGGACCGCGAGACAGCUGGCUGGCACAAUAUCACGGUGACGGCCGUGGAAGCAGAUAACCACACCAUGGCGUCACAUUCCGCAGUGAGUAUUCGUAUACUGGAUGUUAACGACAAUCCCCCAGAAUUGGCCACGCCCUAUGAAGCCUCCAUAUGUGAAGAUGCCAAGCCAGGCCAGAUAAUUCACACCAUCAGCGUGGUGGACAAAGACGAACCGCAGUCUGGACAUCAGUUCUACUUCACGCUGGCCCCUGAAGCCUCCGGCAAUCAACACUUCACCCUGUGGGAUGUCAAAGACACCACGGCUGGCAUCCGGACGCAGCGCUCGGGCUUCAACCGCCACGAGCAGAACGUCUACUUCCUGCCCAUCCUGGUGGUGGACAGCGGCCCCCCCUCCCUCAGCUCCACGGGCACCCUGACCAUUCACAUCUGUGGCUGUGACACAGAGGGAGCCAUCCAGUCCUGCAAUGCCACUGCCUAUGUAAUGAGUGCAGCUCUGAGCCCGGGGGCACUUAUAGCUCUGCUGGUGUGCAUGCUCAUCCUUAUAGUCCUGGUCUUACUCAUCCUGACGCUCAAACGCCACAGGAAAGGCCAGCGGAUGGCGGAGGACGAGGAGGACAUGCGGGACAACGUCAUCAAGUACAAUGACGAGGGCGGCGGCGAGCAGGACACUCAGGCGUACGACAUGAGCGCCCUCAGGAACCUUUACGACUUCCCCGAGGGCAAGUGCGCCGACUUGGGCCCGGACAUCCGCCCGCUGCCGCAGUGGAUGCAGGCCAACCGGCUGGCGGGCGGGGCGCGGGCGGAGCUGGCGGCGGCCGACUUCUCCCUUUUCAAAGGCUACAUCCGGAAGAAGGUGGAGCAGGCCGACGCCGACCUGUCGGUGCCGCCGUACGACUCCUUCCAGACGUACGCCUUCGAGGGCAGCAGCUCGCCCGCCCUCUCGCUCAGCUCCAUCCACACACUGUCCACCACCUCCGAACAGGAUUUCUCAUACCUCAGUGACUGGGGGCCGCGCUUCCGGCAGCUGGCGGGCUACUACGCCCCGGGGAAACCGGACGAGGACGUGUCCUAGCACAGCGUCCAUUCCGCACAGACUUCCGACCCUCCUCUUCUUCUUCUUCGUCCUCUUUUUCCACGGUCUCGGCAAAACUGUCUGGGGAAGAACACUCCCUGACGUUGUUCCCCCUUGAGCUUCUGCGGGACGCCAAGCUGAGGAUGAGAUGUCAGUUCCCCAACUAUUACCAUUUCGCUUCAGAUGGCUGGUGACCAGACUUUAACGACGUGGACAAAAAGUAUUUGGACACACCGGAAUCGGUUCAUAAAGAGUUCAAACCCCCCGGCCGAGUCAUACCAAGGACUAUAAAAAUGGGACCCGUUACCUCCCCUGCUUGGCACUCAGCAUCAAGGGUUGGAAUUGGGGGUUGAAUCAGCAAAAUUAUUCCCGAGCGUGGCCAG